AUGCGUGACCGGCUCAAGUCCUUGAAGCUGAAGGAAGACGAUCAGGUGACCACGGCUCGGAUGGGCGAGGGGAGACCUGACGAUCUUGUCACCGUCUCAGCGGAAAAUGCUAAGAACCUGGCGCUGUCUGCCAUGUGGUACAUUGACCAAGAAGCCGACAGAGUGAAGGAGGAAACGAAAAAUCCAGAUAUCCACGUGCUCCGAAAAAGAUACAACGGAGCUUUGGACAAACUGAUCGUUCCACCCGAGCCUGCAGAGCCUGCGGGCAGCGAGGAGUCAGGAGAGAGCGGAGGCCUCGAAAUUCCCGCAGCCUUAGACAUGGAUGCCAUGUUUGAACGGGCGGCACCUCGGAGACGCCGUGAGAAACGUCCCAAGGGCGAGGAUGCGGAGGAGGAAGAUGAAGGCAUCGCCGACUACCUGAUUUCCAUGCAGAAACUCAGCAGCCGACGUUUGUUGGAGAAUCA